UUAAUAUAUAAUAAAAAAUGAUUAAAAAGCAGAAGUUUCAUUUUUUCAUGUGUCAAAGUUUUAUAGGUUUUGUAAUAAAUGUGAAUAUUUCCAUAACUGUUGUCACAACCCUCAUACAAAUCUCGUUUUGUAUAACGAACACGUGUAAUAGCCAGUACUCAUUAAAUUUGUAUAAGGAGAGGAAGAACUAGCUGGAGAUUCUAUAAAAAUACCUUAGAACGAAUUUAAGUGAUUUUAUGGACAUAUAUGGGAUUAAUCAGUGAAACGUCAACGGCAAAUAUGAAGUGUGUGUAUGUUACAUUGUUUUGCCUUCUUGUCAACGUGGAAAUAGUUUUCGCAGGUUUAGCCGACAACUGUACUGCAACAACAGACUGUGCAGCUGUAAACAACAGCAUCUGUAGCAACAGCACGUCACAAUGUGAGUGUUCACAUGACUACACGGCCGAAGGAAACAGCUGUGUACCAACAUCAACAGACAAUGGAAACGGUACAGAAACAGGAGCACCUAAAGCUCUAGGAGAUGCUUGCACAGCACAUGCUGAGUGCAAUGAUGUGGAACAUGCUGAAUGCGUUGACGAUGUAUGCACGUGUGCAAAUGGUUACAAGGAGUACGGAAUUGUCUGCAUCAUCGUUUUAGAUACACCAUGCAGUAGUGCCUCGGAAUGUACUGAUCAUCUGGCAAACUCAAAAUGUGACACAAACUGCGUGUGCGACACAAAUUUCACUGCGGAACAAAAUGUGUGUAAAAUGGGACAUGGUAUGGGCAACUGUACAAGUGUCAGCGACUGUGUAACAAACGCUGUGUGUGAUGACAGCAACACGUGCAUGUGUGAAGCAGCUUUCACUGCAGACAAUGGCCUCUGUGCUGCCUCUGGAGCGGGCUCGCUGAAACUUGUGACAGAUAUUGUGUUAAUUUCUAUAAUACUAGUCUCCCUUAUAAAGCUCUUCUGAAAUUCUAUACUGAACAAAACAAGACAUUUCCGGUCAGCCGACCCUUUCUGAUGAACAUUUUAUUCUAGCUGUAGAAAUGUACAAGCUAACAUGCGGCUCACUUGGAUCUUUGUUUGAGAAGAAAGUAAAGAUGUACCCAAUCCAAAAUGUAUUCAAAAAUAAAAUGUCAAGAUGUUCACACAAAAUGUCAAAGUUUUAUUGUACUUUUUCGGCAGAAAUAUAAAGGGAACUGAGUGUAGAGAAUCUUCAAACAAUAUACAUCAUCCGUAAUAGUGACUAAACAGGAUACAUUGAUAAAUUUUAUUUAUAUUUUGAAGGAAGGUGCAGUACAUCUUGACUUUACAAGGUGGAGACAAUUUGCUUUGGGUACGUUUUGACCUGAAAAAGAAAUCAUUGUUCCUUUCAGCCUAUUGAACACGUUUUCCUUAUUUGUUUCUUUCCACGCUAUUGAACACAUUUUGUUUAUCAAUGACUGCAGCGGACUUCAGAGAAAAAAUACAGCCUUGAAAGGCUAGUAUCUAUUUCUCACAUUCAAUAAGCCAAUUACAUUUUAUGUUUUGUCGCCGGCUUCGUAUUUGUAAUCAAUGGAGAAUCUAGAAACCAUGCUCUUUCUGGUUUGUGGAAAUAGCUAGUUUUCUUAAUCAAAUCCUGUCAUAAUACUGGCUCGCCUUGGCAAACCUAAACAAACCUAUAGACAGUUCGGUGGUUCUGAGGGUAACUAAGAACCGACAAGAAAGAGAUGCGUUUUCAAAAGAUGAGACAUAUGUUAAGAUUUAACUUUUUUCUGUAAACUUUUUGUCCAUCUACUGAAAUAUAUGACAGAGAAAUUUUCAUGUAGGUUCUUUGAGAGUUAUUAUUUAAAUGUUGUUUCGAAGAAAAUUUCUAAUUUGAACAAUUUUCGAAAUACACUGAUAUAUUUAAACGGUAUUACCAGUGGUGUCUUGUUUUGUUCAGUAUUCGUAAGUGUAUGUUUGUAUCAAGUGAAUGGAUAACAGUAUCAUUUGACGAGAAAUCUAGACGAAUCAGUUCUGAUGUUUUGUGAGUAACUUGAUUGCAAAUGAGGUUUUAUUUGUUCUUAGUCCUUUUCUGUCCAGCUAUGUACAAAAUCGAUACAUGUGUUACGGUGAGAAUAUAUACGAAACGGGUGCAAAGUGUAGUAUUUUACAAGACGAAGUGAUUUUUGAAAAUGUUCUCGCCAUUUCAUGUGCAUGUGUUCGUUUCACGAUUAAAGCUACGUUUUGAAGUAAGGCUUAAGUAGCGACUACCGAUGGAUCCAUGACCUUCACUAAUUCAGCAGGUGGAGCGAAGAGAUUCAUCGAGAUCAAUAUCAACUAAAUCAAAUAUAGAACAAACAUAAUCUGAAGACACGGUUAAAACUCUCCAAAUGUAUCAACUACGAUUUGUGUUAUGCUGAAUGCUUUUAAACAGAUUUGGUUACUGGCAAUUUGUUUAGCUAAAUUAAAUGCUUAUUAACAAAUAGCGUUAAAUACCGCUUCAUAUUUUCACUUAUCUUUUAUAUUUGUUGUAUAUUUUGUUGGUAUUUGUGAACAUGACAUUACAUUUUAAAACAAACUGAAAAUAUAACAAGGAUAAAGGCUUUAAAACUAG